AUGGCUCUGAGUCGUAAUGGCGCUUGGAGAAUCAGCGCGCGUAAGCGUCCCAUUCUGAAAGCCGAGCCUAUAGAAGAAUUAUCGAAGAGUGUGGGCAUUCCAAUUCCUGAGAUGAUCUUCGGCGACAAUUAUAUUGCGGUCACGCAUGUCCAGACCGGCUGGACCAUCGAAUUUAAUGCGCAUGACGCUUUAGAUCGUGUUGGCAAGACUUCUGAGGGUAUGCUGCAGGUCGCAGUUGCUGAGGAAUGGAAGAAAGAACGAGCGCAUCAAGAAGAAGUCAAACAGGUUGUCAAGCCAUUUGACUGGAGUUAUAGCACCACUUACAGAGGUACGACUCAUUCCGGGCGGAGCACAGGAAGUUGGCAAACGUCGGACCAAUCGAAAGACCCAGUCAGGACAGAUCUGCUCAGUAGGCCGGAUCCAAUCGAAUUCUUUGCGGCUGUAGAUCUCUAUGAGGAUGAACUGGCCGACAAUGGAAUCGCGCUGUUGAGCAUCAAGAUCCGAGUAAUGCCGGAACGUCUCUUACUGCUUAGCCGCUUCUUUCUGCGCUUGGACGGAGUCAUCAUCCGUAUUCGAGAUACUAGAGUUUAUGUUGAACACGGAUCAUCAAAGGUGAUUCGACAGUACACGGCUAAGGAGGAGACUUACGAAGUUGUUCGCGAUAAACUACGCAGCAUGCGGGAAAAUGUGCCAGAAGCGUUUAGAGAUGCCAAUAAAAUUGCACCGCUUCUACGGACGAUCGAGGACACUACAGAUGUUUUUCAGGUUCAGUGA